AAGGUGUCGCCUGUUAAUGUGAAUGCGUUAUUUUGAGUGUAAUUCAGUCAUCAUAACGUAGCCUUUGAAUGACAUUAUGAAAUGAUGUGUGACUAUUAUGAUUAGUACCGAGAUAGUGAGGUGACAUGUCGAAAGGUUUGAGUGCUCUGCGGUUGUCUCAUCUAAAAUCGCUGAAAUUGAAAGUUAAAGGCAAGUGUUUCUCUGUCGCGUGUUUGGGCGAAGGAUCUAUUCGGAAAUUCAUUUCAGAGAACACAGAAAUUGUUGCUCAUCAAAACCUGACGCCGGAGAUCAAACUCAGACUUUUCACCCCAAACUGUAGAUUUUGGUAUGAAAGAGCAGAACUUUGGCCCUUUGAAGACCCAUACUGGGCCAUAUACUGGCCAGGAGGGCAAGCGCUUUCGAGGUAUCUCCUGGAUCAUCCGAGAAUAUGUUUGGGGAAGUCCGUCUUGGAUCUGGGAAGCGGCUGCGGAGCUUCGGCCAUCGCUGCGAAAUUGUGUGGUGCCCAUCGAGUAGUUGCUAACGACAUUGACUCCGUUGCCACGCUUGCAACCUGCAUGAACUUUGAGCUCAACGGUCUGGAGUCCCCAGUUAUUGUGACAGAUAACCUGAUUGGUUCAGAUCCUGGCAACUUUGACCUGGUCCUUCUCGGUGACAUGUUCUAUGACAACGCCCUCUCCUGCAACCUUCACACUUGGUUGGAACGCCGCAUCAAAAGUCACAACAGUCAAGUUCUGAUCGGAGAUCCUGGCAGAGCCCAGUUUGACGAGCACGGCAUUCAAAGGUCCCUGCAGAAGUUGGCCCAGUUUGAGCUGCCCGAGCCUGUACGAGAGGAGAACUACGGUCUGACCCGGAGCAGUGUUUGGUGCUACAGGAACGAACUUUAAAACGAAGCUGCAUCAAAAGAUUACAUUUGUGACUUUAUUGAUUUUUAAUUGGUUUUGAUCGCGAUUGGAAGAAAGCAUUGUUGUUGUGGUUAUAGUCUGCCAUGGUGGAGAACUGCACCCACUAUACCAAAUGUAGAACUACAUAAGAGGGAAAAUGGCGUCUUCAUGAGGUGCACUUGUGUUGCGAUUUGAGAACUUCUCACAUAGUACACCUUUAAGUUAUAGUACAAACGGGAGUGAGACUUUUUAGUCCCCAUUUGUGGGACGACAGGAUUUGGUAUUGAUCUCAUGGGAAGUUAAUACCAGGCCAGUAUCGCUGAUACGGAAAUUAAAUAACAUUGAUACAUCAUGA